GAUCCCGAGGAAAAGGUGCGUAUUUAUCUUUCUUUACAAAGUAAAAAACACUCAAUCGAAAAUGGGUCGCUUUAAGCCGCUUGCUAUUAAGAUGAAGUACGCGAAGAAGAUCAAGCAGAACCGCCCCGUACCGUACUGGAUCCGUCUGCGCACUGGCAACCGUAUUAAGUGGAACGAGAAGCGCCGCAACUGGCGCCGCACGAAGCUCAACUACUAA